CGGGUAAACGCUCGGACUAGAGCCGCCAGACGCGUCGGAAGGUUUAUUGGACGUAAACUCCCAAUAUUGCAGUCCAAAUAUCAGAAUUUCGGACCCAAUUCAAUUUAUUUGGGCCCCAAGUUCACAUUUCCUCUUUUCUCCCCAAUUUGACAUUAUUCUCCCUCCCAAUCUGCAAACUCGGAUCUCUUUCUCCGGCGAAUUCCUCGGCGAUUUCUCUCUCCGGUGAAACCAAAUCCCUAUAGGAAUUUCACUUGCAUGGGGACUGAGGAUUCAAACAACCUUCCUGCAUCUGAUAAUCUUGAAAGAGGAACUAAAAAUAAUGAAGAUGGUGCAAUUGGAGAGAGUUCCGAAACCACUGAUUAUGUUGUUGGGGAAAGCAAGGAACCUUUACAGGAAAGUGAUAGUGACAUGGAUUUGGAGAGUGACCCAGGCUCGCAAGUUGGUGUUAAGUCGGCUGAAACACUCACACAAGUUGGCGUUGAGUUGACUGAAACCGUUGCGAUAACAGAGAAUCUAACUACCAUCAACGCUGUAAUGCAUGCCGAAAAUGGACAUCUAAGUUUGCAAGACGAGAGCGAUAGUAUCAGUCAUAAAGAGGAUCAAGAUCUUGUGAGCACUCAGGAGAUUGUUGGUUCCAAAUGUUUAUCUGGAGUUAAGAGACCUCGAGCAACUCCUGAUGUUGAACAACCGUCUGUGCAUAUCAUUUAUAAUUCCUUGACAAGAGAGAGCAGAAAGAUGCUUGAGGGGCUGCUACAACAAUGGUCAGAGUGGCAUGCCAAACAUUGCUCUUCAGCUCAUGAUUCAAAAGAAGUUGUUGAAUCUGGUGAGGAGACGUACUUUCCUGCUCUUCAUGUUGGUCUGGAGAAAUCUUCUGCAGUGACUUAUUGGGUGGACAAACAAGCAAGGAACAACAAAAGCGAGUUUAUUCCAUUGGACAGCAACUCUGUCCCGCUAUAUGAUCGUGGAUAUUCAUUUGCUUUGACUGCAACUGAUGGUUCAAGCAAUGUGGAAGCCGGAAUUGAAAUGGUUGAUAGUUCGCGAUGUUUCAAUUGUGGUUCCUAUGGCCACUCUUUGAAAGAUUGCCCUAAGCCUCGUGACAAUGCUGCUGUAAAUAUUGCUCGUAAACAACACAAGUCCAGAAGGAAUCAAAAUGCCAGUUCCCGCAAUCCAACUCGAUAUUAUCAAGAUUCUCCAAAGGGGAAGUAUGACGGUUUAAGACCAGGUGUCCUGGAGCCUGAAACACGAAAACUUCUGGGCCUUGGGGAGCUUGAUCCACCUCCCUGGAUUAAUAGAAUGAGGGAAAUGGGAUAUCCACCAGGAUAUUUGGAUCCAGACGACGAAAAUCUACCCUCUGGAAUCACAAUAUUUGCAGAUGAGGAAAAGAAGGAAGAAACAGAGGAAGGGGAAAUUCUUGAUAAAAGCUUCCCUAAUCCGCCUAGGAAGAUGAGUGUUGAUUUUCCUGGUGUAAAUGCGCCAAUACCUGAACAUGCUGAUGAAAGACGUUGGGCGCCUGGAUCUUCGAGUUCGAGUCUUUCAAGAAGCCAUUCACACAAUCGAUAUAACCAUACACCAGACCCUAUCAACAGAGGGCAUUAUCAUGAGCGACGUUGGUCUAGGGAUUUUGAAGAUGAUGGACCUCCUGGUUGCGAUCCUGGAACUAGCCCCUCCUUGUCAGGCUAUUCUUACAGAUAUGGGGCGUAUGACUCGCAUUAUUCAUCUAUUAGCCCAAGGGAUAGUGCUUCAAUGCCAAGAAGCCCUAGUUUUGGAAGAUCCUUGUCAGAUAGAGGUAGAAGAAGCCCACUUGUCAAUGAUGGUAGUACAAACCACAGUUUCCAUGGUUUGUACUACACAUCUCCUAGAUAGACUUUCUAGACAAUCUGAUAAAGUGGAGGAUCUAACCUCAGAUUCAGCAUUCUCUUUGCCAUUGCAAAUACGAUUUUCCCAUUCGAAGACUAAUGGCAUGUUUUGAAUCUGCAUUCCGAUUCAAGAAAGUGAAAUGUUGUACAUAAGCUAGAUCUGAAUGAGAUUUGUUGGAUAUGUGAGUUAACAAAUUUUUGUAGGAGUUCAGUAAGCCGGUAACUCCUGAUCUUUGAUGUGUAUUGUAAAAUAGUGGUAGCUUGAUUGAAGUCGACAAAUCCUGCAGUCUCGUAAUGAUCCAGUGGUAUGUCUUUUACUGUGCAGCCUGCUUGGUUAACUACUAUUUAGUUGUAAUUUUUGCAGUUUA